CUAAUUUCCGAAUUUAUUUUUCGUAACACAAACAAACAAAUUAAUAAGAAUAAACAUUUGAAAAUAGGUUUGCACAAGUGCGACAUACGUCCAUUUUUGGUUGAAGGUCAGCAAGUUGGCCUUAUUAAAUCAGACGUUUUAAAGCAUCUCGUGAAGUAUCCUGAAGUAUUUUGCAUUCGUGACUGCGACCAAACCCAACAAGGCUUGGUUGAGCUUAAUCCAGCAUUCCGUGACUACAACGAGCGUACUGAACAACUGGAAAAGGUACUGCAAAACCUGCGCUCUGAAGGAUUGUUUCCUGCUUUACAGGGGUGGAGGGAUGAGUAUUUUGAAGUGAAGUCCGAGCGCAAGUCUCUGCUUAAAAUGGAGCGAGCGGCAACCCCGCUCUUUGGAGUCCGCAAGUACGGUGUCGAUAUCAACGGCUAUGUGCGUCAUCCAACGCAUGGAUUAUGCAUUUGGCUGCAGCAACGGUCCAACACAAAAGAGACAUGGCCAGGAAAAUGGGAUAAUAUGGUAGGUGGUGGACUAUCUGUGGGCUAUGGCAUUAAGGAGACCGCCAUUAAGGAGGCCGCUGAAGAGGCAUCAAUUCCGUGUGAUCUUGUCAAAAAUUUGGUUUCGGCGGGAUGUGUUUCUUUUUACUUUGAAAGCCGUCAAGGGCUCUUCCCUAAUACUGAAUACGUGUUUGACUUGGAGCUGCCGAUCGAUUUUGUUCCACAAAACGCUGAUGGAGAGGUGCAGGCCUUUGAGCUACUUCCUGCUAAGGAGUGCGUGGAGCGGGUUUUUACUCCGGAUUUUAAAACAACUUCUGCACCAGUUGUAAUUGAUUUUCUUAUUCGCCAUGGCCACAUAACUGCAGAUGAUGUUGUAGACUUUACACAAAUCGUUGAGCUCUUGCACGUUCCCUUACAAUCCCUUUAUACAUACAAGGUGCGCCUGGAGCAGGCCCAAAAACAACAAAGUUUUUCAGACGAUGCCAGAAGCCGCCAUUAUGCAAGCUUACAGCCAUUGUCCGUGGAAAAUGGGCACAAAAAAACAGCUUAGUCAGACAUUUAAAGGGAACAAAGAUUAAAAUAAGGUUUAAAAUCAAUUGCAAUUGUCAGAUAAGAUACAAGAGACUUAUAGAAGUAGACACCUAAGUCAAUAACCAAUAUAAAUAAAAUACGUAAACAUCGUUAAUAUAUUACGGGAAGACAAAAGCCCAAACAAAACAAGCUAAUAUAAUAUAAACAUUUGUAAUGUCAAAUCCACUUUAUGUUAAAAGUUACGGCUCUCUUGGCAACCAAAAAGGAUUUGUGUAACUGGAUUUUUUUCUUGACAUGAAAGGCGGUAUGACUUGCCUAAAUUGUAAGUUCUUAGUCAAACGACAAAUUCCUUUUAGUUUUAAAUAUCUAUUAUUUAUACUGUAUUCAUCGAUACAUUUAAUGGACACAUGGAAAUCGUUUAAAAGUUUUAUGUUGUAAAUUUCCAUAUAAGAUGUAUUAGAAGUUUCGUGAAAGUGAAUUUUACGAUGACAUUCACUACUAUAUAUGUGUACCAAAGUGCUCAAUCUUAAGAUAGAUUUAUAUAAUGGUAGAUAGGCUUCUGUUAAAUUUGUAAAAAAUUUUGUAACUUAAUAAAUGAUACAAAAAUAA